CUCACUCCAGGACGUCACAAAGGCCCUGCCAUGCCUCUGGCCCUGGCCCUGCUGCUGCUGCUGGGCCUGAGCGGUCCCGGAGGCCGGGGCUGCCUGCAGUGUGACCACUCGGUGCAGGAGGCCCUGAGCCAGCUGCGCUUGGCCCUCGUCCCCAAACGCUUCCAUCAGGAGCGGCUGCAGGCCCGCGCCCGGGCCCUGCUGCUGGGCAUGGAGGGGCCUUUCUUCCGGGACUACGCUCUGAACGCGUUUGUGGGGAAAGUGGGGAUAGAUCACCUGGAACACGUGGCGUCCUUUAUCAAGAACCAAACGAGCCACUUAAUGGUUAAUCCUCUAAAAGAUGGGCCUCUGCUGGAAGAACUCGUAGCUCUCAGGGGGAGAGUAAUCAAGGAACUCAAGAAAGUCUUAAAAUUGUACGAAGCAAAAGCCUGCAGCCGCAAAAUUUGCCGCUUGCUAAAAGAGGAAGUCUUGGACUGUUUACAUUGCCAGAAGAUCAGUCCCAGCUGUAUCCAAAAAAAGUACUGUUUUGUUGACAGGCAGCCCCGCAUGAGCCUGCAGUAUGAGAAGGGGAGUGGAUACCAGCAGCAGCAGGUGCUGUUUGGGGCCACCAUCUCCGUGUUCCUGGCUGUCCUUGCCUUUGGCGUCAUCGUGGCUUCGGCUGUUACUUACAGGCAAAACCGAAAACUCCUCCUGCAGUAGGGCGGCUUGGGAGUUUGUAAGGGGAAAGGAAAAGAAGUUUAAUAAAGUCUAUGGCAAAUUC